AGCUGUGUUUUCCAUCCAUCAUCCAUUUUGUGUGUUUUGUGUCCUAAAAGUUAUAAGGUCACAUUUCACACGGACGUUUUCUAGUCCUGAUUCGAUACUAGUGGAUAAUUCCGGUGUGUUAUUAACGAUAAUGUUCCGUCAAGUCAUUUUCCGCGCUGCCCGCAGUGCAUAUGUGGCCCGUAACUCCACUCCAACCUUGUGCAACCGUAGCCCGUUGAGCACGUCGGCAAGGUUAUCUUCGAAGAAAGAAGAAACUGAUGAGGAAUUCGACUCACGGUACGUUGCUUUCUUUAACCACCCCGACAUCGAUGGAUGGCAAAUCCGCAGAGGUCUGACCGAUCUCCACGCUCAUGACUUGGUCCCCGACCCAGUGAUCCUCAUCGCAGUUCUGAAAGCCUGCCGCAGAGUCAAUGACAUCGCCCUGGCCAUCCGGUGCUUGGAAGCCACCAGAGUGAAGUGCGGAAGGUUUGAGAAGACCAUCUGGCCCUAUGUAGUUCAGGAAAUCACACCCACUUUGAAGGAGCUCGGCAUCCCACUUCCAGCUGAAUUAGGAUACGACAAGCCUGAGUUGGCGUUGCGAGACGUUUUCGACAUGUAAAAGUGUCCGCGAUCAACCUGUGUAGCUCGUCGGAGGUGCAACCGAUUCAGCUUUCCUAGCAUUAUGAAUGAUGAACUGGCUUAAAUGAAUGUUAUUUAGUUUUAAAGUCCGCUCUUUUUUUAAUUCUGUUUAAUGUUAAGUUCUACAUUAAAUAAAUCCUGUAAAUAACCAA